GUUGUGAGUGUAAUAACUUUACGACUUUUUUUUUACUAUCAUGUUUAAGUUAUUUAACUCAACAUUCCAAAACAAGAACCUUUUUAGCUUUAAACGGCGCUAUUUUGCUCAUCCCGAAGCCAAAAUCACUACACUUUCCAACGGCGUGCGCGUGGCCACCGAGAAAAUCUACAACCCCGCCGCUACGGUGGGCGUGUGGCUCGAUUCGGGUUCAAGAGAUGAAGAUUCAUUGUCUAACGGCGCUGCUCACUUUUUAGAACAUCUCACUUUCAAGGGCACUUCGAAGCUGAGUCAGUCGGAUUUUGAGAAAGAAGUCGAGAAUUUGGGAGCCACCAUGAAAAGUACUACUUCUCGAGAAAAUGCAUCAUUUAGCGCUUUUGUUCAUGCAAAUAACGCUGGAAAAUGUCUCAGACUUUUAUCAGAAGCGCUUCUCUCACGAAACUUUUGCGAAGAAACACUUGAAAAAGAGCGAAAAGUUAUUCUUCGCCAAUUGGAAGAAGUUCAGAAUAAUCCUGAAGCUCUCGUGACCGAUUAUCUUCAUUCUGUAGCCUAUCAGGGAACGGCCCUCAGCAAGAGCAUUUACGGCUCCACUGCAAAUAUAGAAAGUAUGCAAGUAGUGCACUUAAAAAGUUAUAUUGAGCAGAAUUACUGCGGAAAAAAUAUUGUCGUAUGCGGUGUGGGUGACGUGGACCACGCGGAGCUCGUGGCUAUUUCGGAGGAAAAGUUUGGACACUUGAAGGAAACUUCGCUGCCUGCAGUCAACGACGUUGUGAGAUAUACAGGGUCGGAAGUCCGCGUGCGCGACGAUGAUCUUCCUUACAGCUACGCGGCUGUGGCGUUCGAGGGCGUAGCGGCCAUUCAUCCGGAUUUCUUUGUCGUGCAAGUGGCCAAUCAAAUGAUGAGUAGUUGGAACCAAGCAGUGACUGGUGGAAAAUUCCUUUCUAGCCCAUUGGCGCGCAUUAUGGCCAAGGAACGUCCUGCGCUGAGUUACAAAAACUUUUUGGUAAGUUAUAGCGAUACGGGCCUUUUUGGCUGCUAUUUUGUAGCCGAGAGAGACCGCGUGGACGAUGCCCUUUUUGAAAUCCAAAGCGAGUGGCUUCGGAUUUGCGUGAAUUGCGGGGACCACGAGGUCCAGCGUGCGAAAUUACGCCUGAGAAAUUUUUUACUGGACAACCUUUGCUGCACCAACCACGUGUUCAAUAGCCUUGGGCGAAGCCUAUUGGCUUACGGAAGACGGGUUUCACCCAUGGAAUUGAUAGAACAAAUUGAACGCGUGACUCCUGAGCGCGUGAAAAGCGUGAUGACGGAUAUUUUGUAUGACCGCUGCCCUGCAAUUGCUGGAUACGGCGCCAUAGAAGGCUUACCGGAUUAUAUGAAUGUGCGCGGAGCAAAUCAUUGGUUUCGCCUUUAAAGCAUAAUUUAAAAAAAAUAUUAAAG